GGUAGCGGCGCAUUCGGAAUGGUGUUUCAAGGAAAGGUGAAAAACUUAGAAAGAUCGGGUACAGAGAUAUCCGUUGCAAUAAAAACGCUUCGAAAGGAUACUUCUUCCCAUGAGAAAAAGAAAUUGAUAAAGGAAACCAAGCUUAUAAAUCAUUUUCGACACAAACAUAUAUUAAGAUUGGCCGUUUGUUUAGAUGGAGUUUCUCCGUUAUUAGUGUUGGAAUUGAUGGAAAUUGGUGACCUGUUAAAAUAUUUGAGAGAAUGUCAAAAUUUGCAAGCGUCAGAUUCGCAUGCUCUGCGUUUGCAAGAUUUGUUCGCCAUGUGCGAAGAUGUUGCGCGAGAUUGUUGUUACUUGGAAGAGUUGCGUUUCGUACAUACAGAUCUAGCGUGUCGCAAUUGUUUAGUAUCUUCGAGAAAUCGCGAGGAUCGUAUCAUCAAAAUUGAAGAUUUUGGACUAGAGAUAUCUACAAGGAUGAUUAUUAUCGCAUGGUAA